AAAAAGUUAAACUGUUAUGGCUUCUUAGUUUGAUGAUUAACUUCUUGGUUGGAUUGCGAUGGUUUCAAUUUUGUGGAUCACAUAAAAUUGGUUUCACUGAUAAUAUUUAGUAUGGUCCAUACUGUUAUUGUUAUACUUACUGAGAUUACAAUUUUAUAUGUUUUUGGUUUGCAUGCGAGUUUGGGUUGUGCCAUCGGUUAACUGAGUGUUGAUUACCUUGCAAUCUUGCAUGAUUUCGUUGAUUUACUUUUGAGAAAGAGAAAUGUCUUAAACCACUGUUUAGUUAUUAUUGCUAGAGGGGGCAAAACUUGUGUUGAAAGUUGGAAGUAAAAUGUAUUAAUUAUUGAUCCUUUCACUUUGAUUAUUAGUGGAGAAUCUUGUGCGGAUUGAUUGGUUUGAGACUUUGAGUUGUGCUGUUUUACUUGUUAUUAUACUCAAAAUUGAAAGCCUUGUGAUUUAUACACACAAAGUUGAACCUUUUAUUCUUUAAUGGUUAGAUUUGAGGAUCAGAAAUGUUACUGAGAAACUGUGCUAUGUAUAUGUAACUUCCUAAAGGAAUUGAAGAUAACCAGAACUUACUAAUACUGAGAUUCCUUUGUCCCAUCUUUCUCAUCUUGCCAUAUAUUAUUUUUAAGCAGCAUGUCAUGCUGCACUUUUGCAGUGAUCUUAUGACUUGGAGUAGAAUAUUGUACCAUUGCGGACUAGAAUCAUCAGCCUUACAUUUUUAUUUGGAUUCUGUUUUGCAGUGAUUUUAACACUGGAGGAAAAAAAUUCACUAUAAUGAUUUUUUUUCCAUAUGAGGAUUGGUGUUCUGUUGUCUGGGAUCCUUAUUGUUCUCCAUGAUUUGUAGAUGGGGUUCUGGACAUUGCUAGAAGGUUUUCUGCUCUUUGCAAAUGCAUUGGCAAUUUUGAAUGAGGACCGGUUCCUUGCUCGAAGAGGAUGGACAUUGGCAGAAAUGACAGGACCACAGAGGAAUUCUCUUAAAGGGCAAGUAAUAGGGCUUAUAUAUGCCUGUCAAUUCUUGAGACUUCCCCUUAUUCUCUUCAACGUUAUCACCAUAAUUGUGAAGCUGUUCUCUGGAUAACUUAAAAAGAGUGGUAUAUCAUGCUCUAUUCUUUGUUCUGUGUAUGAUAUGUAAAUUUUAUGUUCCGUGAACAGUUGCAGUCCUAUAAAUUCAAUUCAGGGGUAUAAUGAAUAGAGUACACCAGCUGUAUUAGUUUAGUAUUGAAUGUGUCUUGAUUAUCAUUCUUAA